AUGUUUGGCUAUGGCUCUCGCAUUCCGUCAGCAAUCGGAAAGCUUACCAACUUGAGGUAUCUAAAUUUAUCAUAUAAUGGUUAUUCUGGGCAAGUUAUUCCCAUUGAGAUUUCACGCUUGGCAAGGUUAGUUAUCCUUGAUAUAUCUAAUAUGUAUGACAAUGGUGAUCCAAUACUUGAGAGCCCGAAUUUAAGCAUGCUCUUGCUGAAACUCACAGCGCUUACAGAGCUAUAUCUUGAUGGAGUAAGUAUCCCAGCACAUGGGAGAGACAGGGUUGGUUUUUCUUUUGAGGAUGGUAUAAUAGUUACCAGCAAAGGUUCAGAGAUGGAUCUGCUAAAGAUUCUAUCUAUCUUCACCUUGAUUGACUUCUCAUGCAACAAUUUCAGUGGAACAAAGGAAAUUGGAGAAUUCAAAUCACUAUAUGUCCUUAACUUGUCCGGAAAUGCAAUGACAAGGGAAAUCCCAUCCUCAUUUGGUAACAUGAGGGUACUCGAGUCCUUAGACCUGUCACAGAACAAACUGAGUGGGCAAAUUCCACCACAGUUGGCAAAGCUGACUUUCCUUUCAUUCUUAAACCUCUCAAACAAUCAACUGGGAGGCAGGAUCCCAACCAGUACUCAGUUUUCAACAUUUCCAAAAGCCUCCUUUACAUGUAACAAAGGAUUAUCAGGGCCUCCUUUGACGGUCGAUAACAAAUCAGUAUUACCACCACCGACAGUGAAUGGAAGCCUUCCAAAUUUUGGACAUCAUCAUGAGAUUAAUUGGGGCAUUAUCAAUGUCGAGAUUGGUUUUACAUUUGGCUUUGGAGUUUCCAUUGGGUCACUUGUGUUGUGCAAGAGAUGGAGUAAAUGGUAUUACAAGUAA